GAGCUCAGUCAAGCGCCAGCACGUUUGAUAACUAUGGGAACUCAGCAGGGUCAAACGUAGACAACAGGAAGUCGGCGCUCACGCGGCGUAUGCUCGGCUCUGCAGAUGAAGGCGGGCCGUCGAUACCUGCGAGCCUUCGUCAGUGGAUUCCUUGUUGCAGUUCCAGUCACCGUGACUGCACUCGAUCGACUGGCUUAUGUGGCUCGAGUGGAAGGGGCGUCCAUGCAGCCGUUCUUCAACCCAGAAGGAGGAUCUGAGUGUGAUGUGGUGCUGCUGGACCGAUGGAGUGUGAGAAACUACCAAGUUCAACGAGGUGACAUCGUCUCAGUUGUAUCUCCCAAAAAUCCCAAACAGAAGAUCAUCAAGCGUGUUAUUGGCCUGGAGGGAGACUUCAUCAGGACUCUCAGCUACAAGAACAGAUACGUUCGAGUCCCUGACGGUCACUUCUGGCUGGAGGGGGAUCACCAUGGACACAGUCUGGACAGCAACAGUUUUGGACCGGUGUCCGUGGGGCUCCUUCACGGUCGGGCCUCUCACAUCAUCUGGCCGCCAAACCGCUGGCAGCGGAUCUCGCCGUCCCUCCCUCCUCAUCGAGGCCCACUGGAAACCGAAGAGGAGGAAGACGGAUGAAGAGACGUGUCAAAUGAGUUUAGAUCGUGUCCUAGUGCCAGGUCGCUUUACAGAAACUCUGGACGGUGCAGGUUUGUUCACGCUGCAGCCAGGAGGAAGGCAGACGUUCAGUUCCCGGAUGAUUUCACAUGGAAAAAUAUACAUUUGUUUCACAGGGUGAAUCUGACUGUAUCUUUUUAAUAUGAAUUACAUUAAAACAGUGGAAAACCAUUA